AUGGUUGUUACUACAACAUACAGGCUUGAACUUGAGCGCGAAAUAAUGGCUCAUUUAAAUAACCAACCAGUUUGUGGGGUCUUGUUUGGGAAUCAUGUUUUGUUGAUCUACAAGAGCUUCGAUUUUCGGUUGGCGUUUACCGAGUUUUCUUUGACAGGAAGGCAUUCUGCUUGGUCACCGGUUUGUGGUUCAGGGAGUAUUCCUCCCCCCUUCCCCCCAAGUUCUGGUUUUGGAGAGUUCAAACAACGUAUGUUCCCAUUUGUGCCUUUUUCAUAUUCGGUGAGAGUGGCUGACCUUAUCAAUGUGUUCAAUAAAUUACUUCAUCAAUCAAGUGAUGCAGACGCAGUGAAAUACCCUCGACAGCCGAUUACUGAUGAACGUAUGGCACCCGUCUCUAAUUUGGACGAGAGUGAUAUGGGAUUUCACUUACAAACAGCUACGUAUGUGUUUGACAAGACCGAGGAGAAUUUGAACCCCAAUGCACCAAUAAUCGGUAGUAGACACACAUGUACUCAACAAGGAUUUAUCUAUGCAUUUAAGGUUUGGAUCAAGGAGACAUUUCCUAACAGUAGUAUAGUUGGUUCCCUAUAG